UCGUAGAGCUGGGAACUUUACACAGAAACUCAGGAGAAACGAAAUGAUCUGCCCUGGAGCCGCAGCAAAAUGCUGGAUGGACACCUACUCCUGGGAUGGUUAUCAUUCACAAUUAUAGUCCUCCUUAUCAACUUGCCUGGACCAACCACUGCUUAUUUUGGGCUGACAGGUAAUGAACCCCUGUCCAUCCUCCCCCUGAACACCGAGCCCGAGGACACAGCAGGCAAAGCCCACUACAAACUGUGUGACCGGCUGAAACUGGAAAAGAAGCAACGGAGGAUGUGCAGGCGAGACCCUGGUGUGGCGGAGACCCUGAUGGAGGCCAUCAGCAUGAGCGCGCUCGAGUGUCAGUACCAGUUCAGGUUCGAGAGGUGGAACUGCACCCUGGAGGGACGCUACCGUGCCAGUCUGCUCAAAAGAGGAUUCAAGGAGACUGCGUUUCUAUACGCCAUCUCGUCAGCAGGGCUGACUCACGCCAUGGCCAAGGCCUGCAGUGCGGGCCGCAUGGAGCGCUGCACCUGUGAUGAGGCACCAGACCUGGAGAACAGGAAGGCCUGGCAGUGGGGAGGCUGCGGGGACAACCUCAAGUACAGUAACAAGUUUGUCAAGGAGUUCCUGGGCAAGAAAUCCAACAAGGAUCUCCGGGCCCGAGUUGACUUGCACAACACCAACGUCGGCAUGAAGGUGAUCAAGGCAGGAGUGGAGACAACGUGCAAGUGCCAUGGAGUAUCUGGCUCCUGCACGGUCCAGACUUGCUGGCGACAGCUCUCCCCUUUCCACGAGAUUGGCAAGCAGCUGAAGCAGAGGUAUGAGACCUCACUCAAGGUGGGCAGCACCACCAAUGAGGCGACAGGGGAAGGAGACAUCUCCCAUGUCAGGAUGCAGCCCCCGCCUGGCCCCAGCGACCAGAUCCCCAGGACCACCGAUCUUAUUCACAUCGACGACUCGCCAAGUUUCUGCCGGAUGAGCAAGUAUUCACCCGGGACCUCAGCGAGGAAGUGCUACAAGGAUAAGAACUGCGAAAGCAUCUGCUGCGGCCGAGGUCACAACACUCAAAGCCGGGUGGUGACCAGACCCUGCCAGUGCCAGGUGCGCUGGUGCUGCUAUGUGGAGUGCAAGCAGUGUACACAGAGAGAGGAGGUUUAUACCUGCAAGGAUUAACAUAAUCAACCCCCUUUGGGGUCCAAAUGGGGGGAAAAGAGGCCCAUAUUCUGUAUGGGAAAUUUAUUGUCCUUAAAUUGAAAAUGAUCUACAUACAGAGAUGAAAACAGAGUCUGAGGGACAUCAAGGAACUUUCAUUAUGAUGUUGAUGAUGACGAUGUAUGCACUUUGAGUGGUUCCAAUGAGCUGUUGUAUGAAGCUUCUCCCAGGGUUGGGUCCAGUGCAACCCCAAGAAGAAUCCCCUACCAUAACAAGAAGGUUCAGGUCAGGACCUGUAAUGAGGAAUCCUCAAAAGAUUUGGUCUUUUUCUCAAAAGCCAUUCAGCUGGAUCCAUCAAUAGACCAACAAGACAUGCAGGUUGACUGAACAUGGUUUGUGUUGAAUGGUCAAGGAUUCAACCCCCGCACCUAAACCAUAGCUUUGGUGGAAGCAGGUUUGACUGGAAUGCACAGCUAACAGAAAAAAAGGGCCAUGACUUACUGAAUGGGAUCUGGAUAAAUUAAGACAUAGACUGUGUGAUGUAACAGGGUAUGGAUGUUUUGUUUUGUUUGUUUGUUUGUUUUACCACUUUUGAUGUCUAAAAACCACUAGCCACACAUGAUACUGGAGUAUUGUGGGGUUUUCAAUUAAAAUUUACAUUGACAAGGCCUUGUAGAAAUAAAGUCGAUCUCGCUUUCUUUCUGUGGAAAUAGCUUUUGGAACUAAGAAGUACAGUGUAUUGUAUGUUCGUUUGUAGCUUGCUUAACCUGGAUCAUAAGUCUUUUUCAAAUUUUUCACAGGAAAAAAAACAGUAUUUGACAAUUCCCUUUGUCUGAAAAAAAAAACACAAUUCACAAUCAUCCAAGUUAUUCUGACAUCUUGCCAGUGAAUUAUUACAGCUAUUUUGACUGUAAUUAAACUCAACGACUCAUAUUCAGGGACCAAAUCUAACCACUAUGCUUGGACAGUGUGAUGCUAAUCUAUAGCAACACUGGGUUUGAAUGGAGAGAAGCAGGGUAUUUCCCUGGCACAAACAGACUGAGAAAAUCUACUGUGUGCACCACUGGUACAAGACAAGUGUGAUAUAAGAGGAUACCUUAUGAUGGAGACCAUCAGUGGAUUUUAUACCCAGUAUUUGUCAACAACUGCAGUCAUUGACUAAAGGGUGCUGAGUAUUUUAACCAGCAUUUUCUGCCCAUCCCAUGUGUCUAUUCCAAAAAAGUUAUUCUCAAUAUAAUGGGAAGGUGCCAUACUUUUUGUUUUUCAUUACCCCCAAGAAAAUGGAGGAAAAGAAUGACUGCUUUACUUUCAACCCAGGGAUUCCUGGUAGCACCCCCCAACCCCCCCACCCCCCUCCAUUGUACUCACAUAAGCUAUAAUGUUCCACUUGGAAUACCUGACCAAGUGUUGCAAUGUGCCAGUUUUCUUUCCUAAAAGGUCAAGAAGAGGACACAUUGGUUUUCUGAAAGCAAAUUAAGUUGAGGGAUGCAAUUUGUGAAGGAAAUGCUCUUUUGUUUGUGCCACCUUUUGCACCUUUCAAUGACCACGUCAAAGCCGCAGCUAAAAUGACAUGACAUCAUAAUGGGUUAUCCAUAUGGAUGCUUUCUCUGUUAUGACUCUGCUAGGAGGGGCCCCAAAGCAAGAACAAGUUUUCUGUAUGGAUACAAUUUGGAUUUGGAUAAAGACUUAUUUACAGUCCUGAAAAAAUUAGAGACUUAUAAAGAUGUUUGUUUGUUUUUAUACUGGUUUCAGUUUUUGUAUGUUUAACCCCAAUAUACUAAAGAGUAAGUGCAGAGAAAUAUAUUUUGAUGGUGUGUAUACAGCCUGCUUACCUACCAAUGAUGUAUAUAAAUGCUUUUUAGUUUUGUUUGUUUUCUAUUUUUCCCUGAUAACUAUGAGCAAUUUCUUGGUGGUUUUUGGUUUGAUUCCAGAAAUAGGACUUAUAUAUGCCUGUCUGGUGUGAUGUUUUAUUAUGCCACCAAGGGAAACAUGUUACUAAUGAAAACUGAAAAUGUGUGUGUGCAUGUGUGUAUAUAUAUAUAUAUGUAUGUAUGUAUAUAUAUAUACAGGACAACACCCACUUGACAAAAAGGUAACAGCUGUAUGAACAUUAUGAAAAUAUCACUGUCUAAUUUACUACUUUUUAAAAACAUGUUAUUUUUAUCUUAACCUUUUCACUUGACAAUCAGUCUGCUUCUUUUUCUUGGGGGGAAUUCUUGACUAUUUUAGCCCAGCCUUUCAUUUCCCCGUGGGCCAAAACAGGUUUUUUCCUUCAUUCCAUCCUUAAUGUGUGCCAUUCAACCAAGCAGACUGAAGCAAGUUAUGUCAUGACUACAGUGCUGAAGUUUGUGCACGUGUCUGGGUGUGUUUCAGUAUGUGUGCAGGUAUUUGUGCUAUCCUUGUCAGGACCAACAAAAUGCCAAUGCAACCCCACUAAAAUCAAGAACAAUUCUGACAAGCCAGUCCUUAAUUAUAACGGGUAGGGUCAAUUUAUACACGUAUACAAUUUGUUUAAGGUUUAUUUUAGGACAAUUGUUAUUUUUGUGGAGUCAAUGAUAGUAACAUAUAGUAUCUGUAUAUGUUGCACACAUGUAAGGUGAUUCCAUAGUUCCAUGAGUCUGAUUAUCCUAAUGUUUAAAAAAACGAAUACUCCAGUUAAGACCUGUUCCAUAGCAAGUCUUACCUAAAGCUAUACAUUCCAAGACUUAGUGAUAAUGUGGCUCAAAGGCUAUCCUGUUCCUGGUGUUUGACUCUUUAAAAAAAACAUGGGUGCCACCUUUUAAAUAAAUAUUAUUGGGUAGCCACAAUUGAUAUCUCAGAUAGUUUUAAUAAUUACAUAGGUGGUAGAUAGUUUUUCCAAAUAAUGUGCACUAUUAUACUUGUGUAGCCAACCCACAGGAGUGACACCAUCACCCCCUAGUUUAAAGAGAACUACUUAUAAAUAACAAAUGUAGUGCAUCUUAUUUGCAUUCCAUUUCCCUAUUCUUGUAAACAAGACUUCGAUACCAGUUUGGAUUUGUUUUUCUGGGUUUAUCUUAGGGAAACCAAAGUAAAGAUGGGAAUAGAGAAUUAUUUUUGGGUGUGUCAGUUUAAAAAAAAAACUGAAAAUGAAACUACCAUGAAGGAGAUCUGAGGCCCAAUUAAAUUAACUUCAUACAUCAGAUUGAGAGAAAUUUGGGUACCCAGCAUUUGCAGUGAAAAGUAAUAUUUAACGAUUCACUUUAAAUCAAGCCUGACUGGCAGCCAAUCGAAUUAAAGUAAAUAAACUAUGUAUGUACAUUUUCUGAGCAAUAUUCAGUUGAUCUGUUUUCUUGGUUUAGGUGUUUGAAACCAUACAUUGUAAUCAAACCCUCUCUAACAGUUAUUGUAGAUAAAAUUGUAUUCCGCAAAUGGUAUGUUGAAGAUCCUAAUUUGACACUGGAGACUACAUAAUGUGUCUUACAGGCUGAAUUUGGGUAGUGGCCCUGUACGCUAAUAACUGAAAAUCUGUUACCCAUUAGUGACAAGAACAGCAGGUUCCUGAGGUCAAGAUCAAUUCCAGCCCAGAUAUCAAUUCCAACCAGGUCCUAAAUUAGUUAUUUGAACCUGUAAAGAGUAAUUAACUAAUUUAAGACUUGGUUGGAACAAAGUCUUGGACUGGAAAGGACCUUGAGGGUCAGAGUUGGGAACUGGUUAGAAUAUACCAGCAUACACAGUGGAGCUGUUGUCAGGUUCAGUUCUUGUGGCGCUCUAUGGGGGCAUACAGGAGGCUACUUCUCCCUGCUAUUCUGGCUGAAUAGGUGUUCCAAUGAAAGACUGACAUUAAAUCUUUAGACAUGACAAAAA